AUGGAGGCGAUCCCUGAGAACGAAGAAGUCAAGGUGUCUGCUCCCCGAGACUCUCAAACCGCAUCGGAGUUCAUCGACCAGCAACUGGCCCUUGAGGCUGAUGCGCGAGAAGUCCUACCAUAUAAAUUUGACAAGUGCACCAAUAUCCUUGGACCCCUCCGACAGAACAUCUUCGCCUGCCUUACGUGCUCUCCUCCGCCCGCGUCAGAAGCCCAAGUGUACACACCAGCGGGAGUCUGCUAUGCUUGCUCCAUCUCCUGCCACGGCGAACACACUCUGGUCGAACUCUUCUCCCGGCGUGACUUUGUCUGCGAUUGUGGUACCAGCAGGCUUCCUUCAACGUCACCUUGCACCUUACGGUCCGAUCCUGCAACCGGAAGCCGAGGUGUUCAUUCGCAAGAGCCGCAUAAAGGGAACCAUUACAAUCACAAUUUUCAGAAUCGGUUCUGCGCUUGUGCAGAGGAGUAUGACGCCAAUACGGAGAAGGGGACGAUGUAUCAGUGUUUGGGGCUGGGGACAGUUGAAACGGGUGGAUGUGGCGAGGAUUGGUACCACCCGGAAUGUCUGAUGGGUCUACCAAGGCACUGGUAUAAGCAGCAAGAACCGGAAGCGAGAAACGACGGUGUGGAAAAGAAACUUAAGGAUGCAGAGUGUGAAGAGAAGGACGAGGCCUCGCACCCAGUUCCCCAAGGGUUUCCGGACGAAGACGAUUUCGAGGCCAUGAUAUGCUACAAAUGUGUCGAGUCGAAUCCAUGGAUCAAGAAGUACGCGGGUACGGCAGGCUUCCUGCCGCCUGUCUCUAAUCGUGAGAAAUCGGCGGUCACCGGGGCAGCAACGGCUGAGCCUGUUCCAGCAGACCCCAGUGUCACCAAUUCCCUGAAGCGCAAAGCAUCGGCCGAUGGCAACGACAUCCGACCAUCGAGUCCGACGAAGCGCGUUAAGGACGACAGUGCCACAGCAUCACACGACGCAAAUAUCCCGUCAGGACUUGCUCGACCGUCUCCAACCAAUGGCGCCUCUGUUGCAGAUAUUCCCCCGACGACUGCCAAACCCGCGGAAACCGACUCAAAACCACAACACAAACACGACCUCCUUCCCUCCUCUCCACCCGCCGGCAGAUUUAGUCUCUUCCUGAAGGCCGAUUUUCGCGAUCACCUCUGUCACUGCCCCUCAUGUUACCCGAACCUCAUCCCACACCCUCAACUCCUCGAAGACGAAGACACAUACGAGCCUUCUAUCUCCUCGGACGGAUCCUCACAGCAUCACCCCAACGGCACGCACGGUGGCUCCUCGCGCGCCUCCCUGCUCGACCGUGGUGAAGCUGCGCUCAGCAAUAUCGACCGCGUCCGCGCAAUCGAGGGCGUCAUGGUCUACAACCACCUCCGCGACAAAGUCAAAGAAUUCCUCAAGCCAUACGCCGAAGAAGGGCGCGUCGUCAGCGCGGACGAUAUCAAAGCUUACUUUGAGAAGCUGAGGGGUGAUUCCCAGGCGAUCAAAGAGGCAAGGGACGAUGCAGGAGGUGGCGAUGGGGGAGAAGGAGAUAAUAGGAGAGAGCAGAGUGGGUAUUGA